GGAAGGCGGGAGAAACUUGCUGAGGAAGUGACGUAAAAAGAGCGCCUCCAAGCAGGCCCGCAAAGUGAGUCCAUGGGCCCGCGGCGCCUCCUGUUGGUUGGGGAGGGGAAUUUCUCCUUCGCCGCCGCUCUGAGCAGGACUUUGGAUCUGAACACUAGUCUGACGGCCACCUGUCUCCAGCGCCCGGCCGAGGACCUGGUGACCCAAGAGAAUUUGGAGCGCCUGCGUAAGAGAGGUGCCGUGAUACGUUUUGGUGUAGACUGUACCGAGCUGGCAGAUGCCUUUGAGCCGCACGACAGGGAUUUCGAUCGAAUUUAUUUUAACUUUCCCCACUGUGGACGCAAAGCUGGCGUAGCUAAGAACAGGGAACUGCUUGCCAAAUUUUUUCAGAGCUGUGCAGAUGUUCUUGCAGAGGAAGGAGAAGUUCAUGUGGCAUUGUGUAGAGGACAAGGUGGGACUCCUGCUGAUAAGCCCAGAAGAGAAUGGCACAACAGUUGGCAAGUGGUUGCUAUGGCCGCUCUAGGGGGAUUCAUUUUAAGUGACGUGCAUCCCUUCAGCUGUCAGACUGUGCCAGGCUACAAGUGCACCGGAUAUAGGAGUCAAGAUAAAUCCUUUCAUGUAGAAGGUGCUUUGAACUAUAUCUUCACACGUAGCUUACCCUUCCAAGGUUUACAGCCCAGAAUCUUCAGGCUCAAAGUGGGUGAUCAGUGGUUUUCCUUCCUUGAACCAGAAGCUCUUGUUGGAAAAUUGAACAGGGAUUUUCUGGAAGCACCUUCAUGUCAUCCUAUCAAAACCAUAAAUGAGAAACUCAUUGCUGAAUUGGGCAAGGCUUUCCCUCUAAAAAGACUGAAAUGUUCCUUUCCUUUGUUGCUGCUGGGAGGCAACCAUGUUCCCACUCCCUGGGAUUGUGACAUUCUCUCAGCUGCCUUCUGGAUUAGUCUCUGUGAAGAUAACUCAAAUUCCAUGUUCCUAACUGGUGGGAUAGAACAAGACAUGAAGGACUUUGUGAUGUCAUUUUCAGAACUUAGUCUUUCCAAGACUCCUGGAAGAGACAGUGAGGGAGAAGCUCAUGACGGACACUGUGGCCAAGCUAAAGUCUGCCUUAGACCUUCUCUCCUUGUUCAUGUUCAGGAUGUCAUCCAAGCACCAGACUUCCUCCCAGGUUCUCUGCACAUCCUCAGUGGACCUGUCUUUCGGAAAUGUCCUAUCUUGCCUUUUACAAUGCCAGCACUUCACGAGACCUUAUUUAUUCUUGGAUUUAAUGAAAAUCUGAAGGAUGACUAUCUUCAAUCACUACUGGGUCAUCUGAAGAAUAUUCUAGAUAGUCUCCUGCCCCAGACAUUGUUGGGAGGCUCUAAGCUGAGCAGUUCAGUGGAAUUAGUCUUUCAACCAGAUGAGAAAGGUUUUGUGAUCAGUGUGAAGUCUCAUCAUUUUGCCCCAGAUUGUGUCGAGGAUUUGACUAUUGGGUCUGUCACCACAUCUGCUAUAAGCCUUAUACACAAAGACCAGGGUUUUGUGUUUGUAUCUAUAAACUUGGACCUAUUAGCCAUGCUUGUCUGGGGUAUCUCUGACUGGAGAAUGUUGUGGACCUUUGAUAACCGUUUUGUAAAGCAUUUUGUCCCUGGGAAAAUUGAGCCUUUUAAAACCUAUUCCCUCUACCCUCCAUGCUAUGUGCAUGAUAUUAGUUUUUGGUUGGAUGAGGAAAAAGGAUUUGAUGAACUAGAGUUUCAUACUGUGGCCCGGGCAGUGUCACAGGACACUGUUAUAUCCAUUCAAUUCCUUAGUCGUUUUCAGCAUCCAAAGACUGACCGGAUUAGUCUUUGCUACAGAAUGACCUAUCAGACCUGUGACAAGGCCCUCACCCAGCAGCAGGUAGCGUCAAUGCAGUCCCAGUUUAGGAAAGAGAUUCAACAGCGAUUACAUGUGAUACCUCGCUAGUAGUAUAAAUUCAUUUUUACAGUGGGAGUUUCAUGGUGUGAACAAAAUCCACCAAUGUAUAACCAAGACUUUUCUAAAAUGCUUGUUGUUUUAACUCUUACUUUGUGAUUCUAACCACUGCCUGUUGACUCUAAAUGUGAUACUUAGACUUACAGAUCAUAAUGUGAUCAAAAUAUCUUGUACUGUAGCUGCUCCAUUGCUGAAGAGGCAGUAGGACUUUGGUGUCUCAC